AUGCAAAACAUUUUAAUUUUGCUCAUAACUUCUGGUUGUUUUGCUGAAGGAUUGAUGAAUUCAAUUGCUUUUACGGGUGAAUGGAAUGAAACAGAAACGGCGAAUCUUACCGAUUUUUCAAUCGGAAAAACUUCAAUGCAACAGGAAUUACCGGAACUACUUUUCGUCUAUAUUAUAUGGAGACAUGGUGAUCGAGGUCCGUUAGCAAUAUAUCCGAAUGAUCCGCAUAAGGAAUCAGUAUGGCCUAAUGGAAUAGGUGAACUUACUGAGAUUGGUAUGCAACAGUUAUUUAAAGUUGGAACACGUCUCUAUCAACAAUACAUCAAUUGUACGCCUCCAUUCCUAUCACGAAAUUAUCAUAAUAGAGAGAUAUAUAUUCGAAGCACGGAUGUGAAUAGAACUAUUACAAGUGCGAUGGCAGUUUUAGCUGGUAUGUUUCCCAAUGGAAUUGCCGGAAAAGAUUAUCCUAGAGAAAGUGAUAAAAUAAAUUGGCCUCACGGCUGGGUACCAAUUCCCGUUCAUACGGUGGAACUCAAAUAUGAUCAUAUAGCUAAUCCAUUUCAUCACUGCACACGAGCACAAAUUUUGGAAAACGAGGGAUAUCAAAGCAAUGAUUUUCGUAACAUAAUAGUAAAAUACCAGGAUUUAUUAGCAUACUUAUCGAAUGUGACAGGCUAUCAAAAGUUUCAAUUAGACGAACGUCUCAAUUUCAUUUUGGAUAUCUUAACAGUUGAACGUUUUCAUAAUUUGAAACUGCCGGAAUGGUUUACAACAAAUAUUGAAAAAGAAAUGCAAAUUUUGCUCAGAGAAAUGCGAAAAUACCAAUUUGGAAAUGCAAAAUAUUUCGGAUCAAAUAGUAGACUAAUUCGAUUACGUGGUGGUGCCAUAUUGAAUGGUAUUGUUGAUAAGUUACGACGGAAAUGGGAAUGCCUGAAUAGUGACAGAACCAAAUGUGCUUGGUACAAACAUAUCAAAUUCUAUGGAUUAUCUGCUCACGAUGUAACAAUUUCCGCAUUAUUAGUUGCAUUGGGACCAAAUUUUGAAAAUAUGGAUAUCUAUAAUCCACAAUAUGGUGCUACCGUAUCUUUCGAGCUUUAUCAAUUCAAUAAUCAACCUUACAUUAAAGUUUGUUAUUUGAAUUAUCUAAUUGAGGAACUGUUGUAA